CCUUGCCUUCGCACCACCACGACCUCUGCCACGAUGCGCUCAACGGUCGACAUCCUCAUCCUCGGCGCCGGGUGGACGUCCACGUUCCUCAUCCCCCUCUGCGCGGAGCGCGGCAUCUCGCAAGCCGCGACCUCGCGCGCCGGACGGGACGGCACGAUCGCGUUCGAGUUUGACCCGCACUCGACGAACCCCGCGCCCUUCCAGGCACUGCCACACGCGCACACCGUGCUGAUCACGUUCCCUAUCAAGGUCGCGGGCGCGUCGGCGCGGCUCGUAAAACUGUUCCAGGAGACGCACCCGGAGGGCCCGAAGACGGCGUUUGUGCAGCUCGGAUCGACGGGCAUUUGGGACGGCGGGCCUACCUUGCGCGCGCAGGGGCAUGUGUGGACCGACCGUCACUCAAAGUUCGACGAGACGAACGACCGCGCGAGUGCGGAGACGGAGCUUCUUGCACUCGCGCCCGCAGUACCGACGACAGUGCUCAACCUCUGCGGACUCUGGGGUGGACCAAGGCAGCCGCGGAACUGGGUUUCGCGCGUCGCCCCGACUAAGGAGGCGCUCAAACAAAAGGGCAGCGUUCACAUGAUGCACGGGCUCGACGUCUCGCGCGCGGUGCUCGCGGUGCACGCGCACCCCGACCGCGCGGUGGGGCAGCGCUGGCUCCUCACGGACCUGCGGGUGUAUGACUGGUGGGACCUGGCAGCGGUGUGGGGCGAGGAGGGUAAGCAGCCGCGCUGGGUUCUUGAAUUGCUGCGCGAGGAGGGGAUCAGAGCCCUCCCGCGCGCACCGGAGGUGAUCGGACGCGCGAUGGAUAGCAGGGAAUUCUGGGAUACGUUCGAGCUUGAGCCGGUGAAGGGCAGACUGGGGUUGGAAUGAGAUAUACGGGAUUGUAAAAAAAGAGGCUCCAGUUGUACAGUCAGCGUCGUCGGAGAAUUAUAUUGUACACACGAUGCACUGUCCAAGCAUGUGGAGACACGGUAGAACGAGUCUAAGAUUUCUUGUGGGGAACGCUGUUGCUUUUGGGCUUCUUGCGAGGCAUACGCUCAUACGCGUUCACGUUAUCUGAAUCACUUUCCAGCUCGUGGACAACCCCGCUGCCUUGUCCAUCCCUAGUAGCCGUUCCGUGGCUGGCGCCAUCGUCGUGGUCAUGGUUGUGGUUGUGAUCAUGGUCAUGGUCGUGAUCAUGCCCGCGAUGACGUCUCGGGGCACGACUGUCGUAGGAAGAGUCGGAGUCAUCGUCCGAGGACUCGUCUGAAGAAGACUCGUCGAACUGCCGUGGCUUGUGGUAGAUGCAGCAAAUCUUCGACUUCUUCUUGCCUGCACCUUCGUUAUCCACAACGUCUUCGCGCCACACGACUCGCGGGCGAUUCCUGGGUGCACCGCGGAGGCGGAGCGUGCCGACGGCGGAGGACUCGGCCUCGCUCUGCGUUUCCUCUUCGCGAGGCUGGUUAUCUUGCACUGUGAUAGUGCGCGAUCCUUCAGCAGGACGCAGUUGUCUGGUAGCCAUGA